AUGUUGUUUACUCAUUCUCCGCCUCUUUUCUCGCAAUCGGUAUCGUCAUCAGUAGGCAACGAGUCGUCGUCAUCUCAUACAACUACAGUCUGUAAUUCUCGAGACAUUGAAAAUCAACUACAUACCGUUUCUUUAUCAAAUAACUCGACGCUUUUUACCAAUGGGCCAUCAAAUGAUCAGUUAUUAUCAAAUAGUCAAUCGCAUUUUUCUCAAUUGUCCGAUCAAGAUUAUUUCUAUUCUCCAUUAUCAUCUUCAUCAUCUUCUUGCCCUUCAAUUCAUCUAACAACAACAAAAACAAUAACAAACAGUAAAUUAUCUAAAUCACAUCGAGGUGAUUCCUGUCCUAUAUUAGCUAAUCAUAAAAGAAUAAAUCAUUUUUAUCUUCCAAAAAAAAUAUCAUCGUCUAAUCGUGAUGUACCCAUGGCUACGAUGCCAACAAAAGAUUCACACGUAUGCCAUUCAGAUGAUAUAUCUCAACUUUCUAAAGCAAAUCAAUGGUUCGAUAAUACUACUAUACCGGUAACUAAUCCUGCUGCUGCUACUGCUUUUAUUGAAAAUGAUGAAUUGGAAAUCAGUGAAGAACCUGUAAGUACAUCUGUCACAACAUCUCCUACAGACACACCGAAAAUUAGUGAAUGUUUACACCAAUCACUUCCUGAUUGUUCAGUAAAUGUAUGUCCGUCUAAUAUUAAUACUGAUCGUAAAGUUAUUUUAAAUGUUGGUGGUGUUAGACAUGAAGUUUUAUGGCGUACACUUUAUCGUCUACCCAAUACACGUCUAGGUCGUUUGGCAAAAUUACGUCAAACAACAUUGUCAACAACCCGCCUAAUGCCACAUGAUGAAAUAAUGCGCUUAUGUGAUGAUUAUGACUUAUCAAAAGGAGAAUAUUUUUUUGAUCGUCAUCCACGUACAUUUUCAUCAAUAAUUAAUUUUUAUCGUACAGGAAAAUUACAUUUAGUAGAUGAUUUAUGUGUUAUAUCAUUUCAUGAUGAUUUAAUUUACUGGGGUAUUGAUGAAUAUUAUUUAGAAUUAUGUUGUCAAAAUAAAUAUCAUCAAAAAAAAGAUCAUGUUUUAGAAGAAAUAAGAAAAGAAGCUGAAUUAUUAAAAGUUGAAAAAGAAGAAACUAUUAUUGGUGAACGUUGUUGUGGAAAUUUAAGACGAAAAAUUUGGGAUCUUGUCGAACAUCCACAUACAUCAAAAGGUGCACGAAUUAUUGCAUUUGUCAGCAUUUCUUUUAUUCUUCUUUCUUCAUUCACGUUGACAUUAAGUACUAUUGAAGGUUGUGCACCAAAUAUAUCGGAUUCUGAAAGUAUAAUUGAUACUCCAACAUCAGCUGAUGUUGAUGCUGUACGUAUGGCUGCUCAAUCUGCAGCACGUGAUUUAGCUGCAGAACAUCAUGAAAGUGCUAGUGAUUGUCGUGAACCAUUAUUUUUAUUUAUUAUUGAAACAAUAUGUAUAUCAUGGUUUACAAUUGAAUAUAUUGUUCGUGUAUUUUCUACACCAGAUAAAUGCAAAUUUUUUAAAGGUGUUUUAAAUACAAUUGAUCUUAUUGCUAUUGUACCAUUUUAUAUAUCAAUUAUACUUGAAACAUUAGAUACGGGUAAUUUAAAAAAUUUUAAAUCUGUUCGUAAAGCUGUACAAGUAUUUCGUGUUUUACGUAUAAUGCGUAUACUUAAAUUAGCACGUCAUUCAACUGGUCUUCAAUCAUUAGGUUAUACAUUACGAAGAAGCUAUAAAGAAUUAUCUAUGCUUUUAAUGUUUUUGGCUAUAUUUAUAUUAUUAUUUUCAAGUUUAGCUUAUUUUGCUGAAAGAGAUGGUAAUGCUAUACAAUUUCGUUCUAUACCACAUGCAUUUUGGUGGGCGAGUAUUACAAUGACUACCGUUGGUUAUGGUGAUAUCUAUCCAAAAUCUGUAUGGGGUAAAUUAAUUGGUGCCGUAUGUUGUGUUUGUGGAGUACUUGUUAUUGCUUUACCAAUCCCAAUUAUUGUUAAUAAUUUUGCUGAAUAUUAUAAAGAACAAUUACGUCGUGAAAAAGCUUUAAAACGUAAAGAAGCUUUUGAUCGUGCCAAAAAAGAUGGUUCAAUUGUAUCGAUUCCAUCUCGUUCUGCAUCAAAUUUAUCACAUAUGGAUUAUAAUGCACGUCGUUUAAGUAUAUUAAAAUAUAUAUCAAGUCAUCCCCCAACAAGUGAUGAGCCAUUAUAUGAUCCAGGAUGUUAUGACAAAAAAACUCCAUUAUCAUCAUUAACACAUAUUCCACAUACAAUUGAUUUGUAUACGGAGAUUAAUGAAAAUAACUAUCGAACACCAAAAGAACAUGAUGAAGAUGCAAAACAAGCAUUAAUUACUAAAACAGAUAUUCCAAUGGAUACUGAGAGAAAAGAAAAUAUUUUGAAUAGAUAA